CCCGCCUCCGCUGCUGGGGGCGGGGCGACGCUGGGCUCCGGAGCGCCCGCUUACGCAGUUCCUCCCGGGGUCGGAGGCCGAUUCGCCGUGUGGCGGGUUCGAGUCCCGCCUCCUGACUUUGGCCUCUAGCCCCUGAGUCCCGGGCGGGCUGCAUUCGCCGGGGAAACCUCUCCUCGACCAGGGGCACCUCUACUCGACCAGGGGCGACGGCGUACUUUGGGCUUCAUCAUGGAGGACUACCUGCAGGGUUGUCGAGCUGCUCUGCAGGAGUCCCGACCUCUACAUGUUGUGCUGGGAAAUGAAGCCUGUGAUUUGGACUCCACAGUGUCUGCUCUUGCCCUGGCUUUUUACCUAGCAAAGACAACUGAGGCCGAGGAAGUCUUUGUGCCAGUUUUAAAUAUAAAACGUUCUGAACUACCUCUGCGAGGUGACAUUGUCUUCUUUCUUCAGAAGGUUCAUAUUCCAGAGAGUAUCUUGAUUUUUCGGGAUGAGAUUGACCUCCAUGCAUUAUACCAGGCUGGCCAACUCACCCUCAUCCUUGUCGACCAUCAUAUCUUAUCCAAAAGUGACACAGCCCUAGAGGAGGCAGUAGCAGAGGUGCUAGACCAUCGACCCAUCGAGCCGAAACACUGCCCUCCCUGCCAUGUUUCAGUUGAGCUGGUGGGGUCCUGUGCUACCCUGGUGACCGAGAGAAUCCUGCAGGGGGCACCAGAGAUCUUGGACAGGCAAACUGCAGCCCUUCUGCAUGGAACCAUCAUCCUGGACUGUGUCAACAUGGACCUUAAAAUUGGAAAGGCAACCCCAAAGGACAGCAAAUAUGUGGAGAAACUAGAGGCCCUUUUCCCAGACCUACCCAAGAGAAAUGAUAUAUUUGAUUCCCUACAAAAGGCAAAGUUUGAUGUAUCAGGACUGACCACUGAGCAGAUGCUGAGAAAGGACCAGAAGACUAUCUAUAGACAAGGCGUCAAGGUGGCCAUUAGUGCAGUAUAUAUGGAUUUGGAGGCCUUUCUGCAGAGGUCUAACCUCCUUGCAGAUCUCCAUGCUUUCUGCCAGGCUCACAGCUAUGAUGUCCUGGUUGCCAUGACUAUCUUUUUCAACACUCACAAUGAGCCAGUGCGGCAGUUGGCUAUUUUCUGUCCCCAUGUGGCACUCCAAACAACGGGACAGAGUCUCGCUAUGUUGCCCAGGCUGGUCUCGAACUCCUGGACUCAAGUGAUCCACCAGCCUCAGCUUCCCAGAGUUCUGGAAUUGCAGAUCUGUGAAGUCCUGGAACGCUCCCACUCUCCACCCCUGAAGCUGACCCCUGCCUCAAGCACCCACCCUAACCUCCAUGCCUAUCUUCAAGGCAACACCCAGGUCUCUCGAAAGAAACUUCUGCCCCUGCUCCAGGAAGCCCUGUCAGCAUAUUUUGACUCCAUGAAGAUCCCUUCAGGACAGCCUGAGACAGCAGAUGUGUCCAGGGAGCAAGUGGACAAGGAAUUGGACAGGGCAAGUAACUCCCUGAUUUCUGGACUGAGUCAAGAUGAGGAGGACCCUCCGCUGCCCCCAACGCCCAUGAACAGCUUGGUGGAUGAGUGCCCUCUAGAUCAGGGGCUGCCUAAACUCUCUGCUGAGGCCGUCUUCGAGAAGUGCAGUCAGAUCUCACUGUCACAGUCUACCACAGCCUCCCUGUCCAAGAAGUGACUGUUGAGAGGCGAGGAGGUAGUGGGUGAGGCUACCUGACUCACUUCAAAUGCAUGUUUUGAGAUGUUUGGAGAUUCAGCAAUUCUGUCUUCAUUGCUCCAGGAUCUGGUAUACUGUUCUCAUAAAACUGAGAGGAGGAAAAAAGUGAAAGAAAGCAGCUGCUUUAAGAAUGGUUUUCCACCUUUUCCCCCUAAUCUCUACCAAUCAGACACAUUUUAUUAUUUAAAUCUGCACCUCUCUCUAUUUUAUUUGCCAGGGGCACGAUGUGACAUAUCUGCAGUCCCAGCACAGUGGGACAAAAAGAAUUUAGACCCCAAAAGUGUCCUCGGCAUGGAUCUUGAACAGAACCAGUAUCUGUCAUGGAACUGAACAUUCAUCGAUGGUCUCCAUGUAUUCAUUUAUUCACUUGUUCAUUCAAGUAUUUAUUGAAUACCUGCCUCAAGCUAGAGAGAAAAGAGAGUGCGCUUUGGAAAUUUAUUCCAGUUUUCAGCCUACAGCAGAUUUCCAGCUCGGUGACUUUUCUUUCUGCCACCAUUUAGGUGAUGGUGUUUGAUUCAGAGAUGGCUGAAUUUCUAUUCUUAGCUUAUUGUGACUGUUUCAGAUCUAGUUUGAGAACAGAUUAGAGGCCAUUGUCUUCUGUCCUGAUCAGGUGGCCUGGCUGUUUCUUUGGAUCCCUCUGUCCCAGAGCCACCCAGAACCCUGACUCUUGAGAAUCAAGAAAACACCCAGAAAGGCCUUAAUGACCUCAUAGGCACUCUUCCAAAAAGACAGCAGAACUGGAAUGAGAGGCCUGGGUCUGUCUCCUGCCUUAGCAGGCCUAUCAAUUUCUUGUCAAUCUCUUUUUUUUCCUUGCUCAUAUUAAAAGGAAGCAUGGAGUUCUAAUGCUCCCAUAAACUAUGUAUUUUGUCAAGACACUUCACUACUCCAGGUCUCACUUUCCCCAUCUGUAAAACAGGGUUUGGACUAGGUGUUCCCUGGUAUUCUGUGAUCUGCCUCUUGCUGCCAUUCUUUCUCUCCUCUGCUUCUCUGUAUUUUUCUUCUGUUAUCCCUGGGGGUGCUCAGGUUCACUUGAUUGUCUGUAUUUCUGUGUGGUUGUAGCAAGGACUCAGCCUCAUGUAGCAUGAAUAGGGGUGUGGUUCAUGGCGUGUUGACCCAGCAGAGCGCUCCCUCCCACUGACUUGUUCUGCAUGUGUAGAGUCUCCCCAUUUUUUUUUAACGCAACCCUUUCCCCUUUUUCCUACCCCACAGCUCUGUUCCAUGUAAGUUGCCAACAGUUUCACUGAACAGUGGGGUAUGUGAUGGUUUUGGCAUGACAUCUUCAGUAUGAGGGGGACAGUUUGACUUCACUUUGAGGGUGUGAUGUCUGUAGCUAUGUGGAAGGUAAAAAUAGUGGUGUGAUCAUGAACCAAAGGAAUUUAUGUUUUAUAACUUGGGUACUUUUUUUUUGCAUUUUGUUAUAGUAUUAAAUAAUUUUUUCCUGUU